CACCCCCCCACGUGGUAGUUCAGACCAAUAGUAAUUUUUGAGUCUGGGGUCUCCUGCUCCUUAUUGGAUCUCAUCGUUGUUCCUAGGCAGGCUGUUUCUUUUCUCCCUUAUCUUUUCUGUUGCAGUUUCUGCAGACAGGGGUGUGUGUCUUCCUUCCUCGGGUCCCACCAUCAUCUCUCAAGGUCUUGACAAAGAGGUGGUAACUCCAGCAAUUAGCACUGUUUCAGCAGUGCACAGGAAUGCAAAUUGCUGGUAACUCCCUUAUCGUUCCCGCCUGCACCAGCUCUGGGGCCCUUUCUUACCGAACUAGGGAGUGCGGCCUAAGGCUUCAGCAAAUUUAGCCACUCAUGCCAAGCAAGUUUUAUAGAAGUUGUGCUAAAAACGGAUCCCAAAGUCUCUGCCCGACUGUGGUCUCGUUCAGUGCAGGCUCGGUGUGUUCCGGGUGGUCGCAGGGAGACCAUCUCGGGGGUCGCAGCAGCCCAGUCCUGUUUCCGCCAGGGACAGAUGGCUUGUUCGGGGUUAUGGCCUGCCUGCACCCCAUGCACCAAGAAAUGUUUAAGGCAAAAAAUUCAUUCAUCUGUCCGCCACAGCUUCCCAAGAGAAAGUCAGACCAGAUGAUCUCCAGAGGACCCUUCCAACCUGGACUUUUCUGGGAUCCAAUGUCCCAGAGCAGGGGCCAACACAGGCCAAGCAAGACAGGCCUGUGGGUCAGGCUCUUGGAGGGUGACCGCAGGAGAGGCUGUCUGGGGCUGUGCUGCCCCUGAGGGCUAGGGGCCCUCUGCAAGAGCCCAGACGAUACCCACUGCUGGCAGGACUGCCGUGGGGAGUCAGCGUGGCAGGAGCAGCGGGGGGAGCUGGCUGUGCACGCGGGCUCCCUCCUGCCCUUCCUGCCUGCUGCAGGAACCUGCCCUUAGUGAGCAGGGAGACUUUUCCCCGCCAGCGGAGCUGCCUUCCCUGGCUUUGUGGAGGAAACUCCCGCGGGUGGUUUGUCAGGAGCCUCCUUAAAGGCAAACCCAGCCCUCUUGGCUGCAUGCCACACCUGGGCUGAACAUGCAAACUCAGAGAGAGCAGGAGAGUGCAGGGAGGGAAGGAGAGCGGGAGCACAAGGCUUGUGUGGGCCAGCCAGGAGCCUUUUGUUCGUCCUCAGCUGCCGCCCGGAGGUGUGAGAGCUCCCUUGGGCAGCCCAGCCCAGGCGCCAGCCCCACAGCACCUUGGCCCAGGCUCCCCAGGGCUCCUUCUGCCUCCCAGCAUGCUGUCCCGAUCCAAUAUCGGGGGUGUUUCGUUACAAUCCCAAGGACGAGAUUAAGAUGCUAAAACUAGCCAAAUAUGGCUGACCGGACACCCACUCACUGCAGCCGCCAUGGCCAGCGCUGACGCAGACUUGGAGGCGGAGGCACUUCCCCAUAUUUCUAAAGGAGACAUGAAUGAGAUAAGGGCUGCAAUAGAGAAAGGAGACCUCACAGCAGCAGCUACAAAAGCCCAGGAGAUCCUGGCUAAUGAAGAAAAGAUCCAGCUCCACAUUGCUGUAACAGGAGAGUCAGGCUCCGGGAAAUCAUCUUUCAUCAAUGCCGUGCGUGGCCUGCAGGACCAUGAGCAGGGUGCAGCUGAGGUUGGAGUGACAGAGACAACGGUGCAGUGCAGCCCUUAUCCUUGCCCCCAGGACUCCCACGUGACUUUCUGGGACCUGCCUGGCAUUGGGACAUCCAGUUUCAGACCAGACACCUACCUGCAGCAGGUGCAGUUCGACCGCUAUGACUUCUUCAUCAUCAUCUCCUCCAGCCGCUUCACAUGCAAUGCUGCGAUUCUGGCAGAGGCAAUUCAGGCUCGGGGGAAGCAUUUCUACUUUGUGCGCUCCAAGGUGGAUCAGGAUGUGAGCAAUGAGCAAAGACUCUACGAUGAGGAGGGAGUCCUGAAGGCCAAAGGGAAGAAAGCUCCUGCGACCCGGUCACAGCGCUAUGAUGAGAGGACAGUCCUGGAUAGGAUCCGUCAGGGCUGUGAAAGGAAGCUGGCAGAGCUGGGCAUAAGCUCCCCUCAAGUCUUUCUUGUCUGCAGGGAUGGUUUUGGCAGGAAGUACGAUGGUCCCAGACUGUUGCGGACCUUCCUGGAUGAUCUGCCAAGCCAGAAGAAACUCAGCUUCCUACGGUCCCUGGCCGUCACUUCAAAGGAGGUGCUGAGAAAGAAGAAGGAGGAGCUGAUGAAGUAUGUCUGGCUGAAAAGCCUUGCGUCAUGUGGAGCAUCUGCUGUUCCCAUCCCUGGUCUCUCUACCGCUGUUGAUACUGCAAUCCUGGUGACAUCCCUGCAAGAGUACUGCCGGACCUUUGGCCUGGCUGAGGACUCCCUCCAGAAACUUGCAGAGCAGGUGGACAAGCCUGUUGAGGAGCUGAAGGCUGUCAUGAGGUCCCCCCUGCACCACGAAAUAUCCAAGGAACGUGUAAUGAAGCUGUUGACCAAAAGCUUUGGGGGUGCUGUGCAAUGUCCACUGCUUGUGUUAAAAUCCAUCCCCAUAGUGGGGGCUGUGAUAGGCUGUCUGUUGUCGGCAGCAAUUGCUUUCCCUAGCACGUUCUUUCUGUUGAGGAAUUUCCUGUCUGAUGCUGCUGCUGAUGCCGAACGUAUUCUGCAGUGGGCUUUAGAGGGGACGAGUCAGAAUAGCCCAAAGGGGAGCUGAGCACAAAGUGUGUGAAAGGAAUGUGGGGAGCUCCCAAGAGCAGUGGGGAGAGGGGCUGAGUCCGGCCAUCUGCAUUCUGCACGGGUGGCCAAUGCUUUGCUGUCUGGAAGUGCUGUGGGGUGCUCUGGUGGUGCCGGGGAGUGGGGUGAUCUGACAAUGUUUAUUAUUUUGUUUUUGUUUUUGAUUUUUGUUUUUGUUUUUUUUUCUCCACUAACAACCUGUACAACUUCUGAUUGGAGAAAAGCUCAGACAAGGUUCAAGACUUCAUUCUUUGUUCUAUCUAAAGAGGGCAGUGAUUAGUAAAACGAAGUUGGUCUUA